AUGGACGUUUCACUUUGGCAGUUUGCAUGUGGAAUUGGCUCUAUUGUCGCGACUCUCUAUCAAAGGAGGUAUAACAAGCUUCACCGCUCAAUAUAUGGUCUGUCCUAUGAUUUAUACACUUUGAGUCUGGUAAGUAAUACAUUGUCCAUAUAUUGCGCAUUGAACUAUAAAUGGUCCCCCAUUAUAAGGUUGCAGCUGUCGAAGAGGUUCCCACUGUUCUAUCCUUUCGAUGAUGAUUCUGUUCCAAUCUCAUCAUGUAUACUUUUGAGGGACCUACUCCAAAUGUUGGUGUCUGUCCUAGUCCUCAGGCAACUGAUAUCCUAUAGGGGAACCAAAAACGUACACCAGGGUGUGUCUUUGAUAUGCAUCACGGUGAUAGGCAUAAUUUGUUGCUUUGGGAUCUUUACAUAUACCUGUUCCUAUCACAACCUCCCAAUAAGCGACUCCGGUAGGUUCGGCAUCUUUUACCUUGAACAUGUCAACUACCUCUGGAUCGCCGGUAAUGUAACUGAAAGCAUGAAGUAUUUCCCCCAACUGUCUUUAAAUUGGAUGGGUUUGAAUACAAGAGGUGUUUCGUCCAGAUUUGUUUUCAUCAGUCUUGUCGCUGAAUUGCUCACUCUCAUCGGUACAGCUGCUCUACCAAAUAAUGUCGAGUUUUUUGCGAGACCAUUUAAUCUUGCACCUCUUCCUGUUAUGCUCAUCAAGGUAUGUUCUCUCUUAGGCAUGCUUUAUCAAGCGCAAUCACUCUAUUUGGACAAGAAACCUUAUCUCCCGCGAGGUAAGUGA